AGGCUUAAACCCUAGCUUUGUUGCUGUGCUGCUUUCUUCUCUUCCAUGUAUAGUAAUGUAGAUCAGAAUUCAGAAGAAGAAAAGCACCCAUAGAUUUGAACUCGUUAAUGUCCUCACUAAUGGCUUCUUUAACCCUCUCUAAAAUUUACAAAGCUCGGCUUUAUCCUAUUAUCCCCAGACUUUCACUCCCAUAUUUCAUCAGUCCCUUCCAUUUCUGCACUUUAACCCAAGAUCCAGUCUCCACAGUCACAGAAAUCCCGCCACCUAGCUCACAACACCAGUACGAAAACGAGUCUCUAAAUGGGGCUCCGGAGAAUCAAAAGCAGCAGCGGAUCAUGCGAGGUAAGCGUCCGAACCCAGAAAAAUUAGAGGAUAUAAUAUGCAGAAUGAUGGCUAGUCGGGCUUGGACGACCCGGUUGCAGAACUCGAUCCGGGAUUUGGUCCCCGAGUUUGACCACUCUUUAGUCUAUAAUGUUCUGCACGGUGCUCGCAACUCUGAGCAUGCACUCCAGUUCUUUAGGUGGGUUGAACGGGCUGGGUUUUUCCAACACGACCGUGAGACCCAUAUGAAGAUUAUUGAGAUUUUGGGUCGAGCUGCGAAGCUUAAUCACGCUCGUUGUAUUCUAUUGGAUAUGCCAAAGAAGGGUGUUCAGUGGGAUGAGGAUAUGUUCGUAGUGCUAAUUGAGAGUUAUGGUAAGGCUGGGAUAGUUCAAGAAGCUGUUAAGAUAUUUCAGAAAAUGGCUGAAUUGGGUGUGGAAAGGUCAAUUAAGAGUUAUGAUGCUUUGUUUAAGGUGAUUUUGAGAAGAGGGAGGUAUAUGAUGGCUAAGAGGUUUUUUAAUAAGAUGUUGAGUGAAGGGAUUGAGCCGACUAGGCAUACUUAUAACAUUAUGCUUUGGGGUUUCUUCUUGUCAUUGAGGUUUGAAACAGCCAUGAGGUUUUAUGAGGACAUGAAGAGUAGAGGGAUAUCCCCUGAUGUGGUUACGUAUAAUACAAUGAUCAAUGGGUAUUUUAGAUUUAGAAAGAUGGAGGAGGCAGAGAAGGUGUUUGUGGAGAUGAAGGGGAAGAACAUAGCUCCUACAGUUAUUAGUUAUACAACUAUGAUUAAAGGGUAUGUGGCCGUAGAUAGAGUGGAUGACGGGCUGAGGUUGCUUGAGGAGAUGAAGUCAUUUGGUAUCAAUCCUAAUGCUCAAACUUAUUCGACUUUGUUGCCAGGGCUUUGUUCUGCUGGGAAAAUGACAGAAGCUAAAGAGAUUUUGAAGGAGAUGGUGGCGAGGCAUCUUGCUCCGAAGGAUAAUUCCAUAUUUAUGAGUUUGUUGUCUAGCCAGUGCAAGGCUGGAGAUUUGAGAGCUGCUGAGGAUGUGCUAAAGGCAAUGAUACGAUUGAGCAUACCAACGGAGGCUGGCCAUUAUGGUGUCUUGAUAGAAAAUUUCUGUAAGGCUGAGGAGUAUGAUAGGGCGAUGAAGUUGUUGGAUAAACUUAUUGAGAAGGAAAUUAUUUUGAGGCCACAGAGUAAUAUGGAAAUGGAGUCCAGUGCUUAUAACUCUAUGAUUCAGUAUCUUUGCAGUCAUGGGCAAACAGGAAAAGCAGAAAUUUUUUUCCGGCAGUUGAUGAAAAAGGGCGUUCAGGAUCCAAAUGCCUUUAAUAAUUUGAUCCGUGGGCAUUCAAAAGAAGGGUGUCCUGAUUCUGCUUUUGAAAUUAUGAAGAUCAUGGGUAGGAGAGGGGUUCCUCGAGAUGCAGAUGCUUACAUGUUGCUGAUUGAGAGCUACCUUAGGAAAGGUGAGCCUGCUGAUGCGAAAACAGCUUUGGAUGCAAUGAUCGACGAAGGGCAUGUCCCAGAUUCAUCAGUAUUCAGGUCAGUGAUGGAGAGUCUGUUUGAGGAUGGGAGGGUUCAAACUGCUAGCCGAGUUAUGAAGAGUAUGGUGGAUAAGGGAGUGAAGGAGAAUACAGACUUGGUACCUAAGAUUUUGGAAGCUCUCCUCACGAGAGGGCAUGUUGAGGAAGCCCUUGGACGAAUUGAGCUACUAAUGCAUAGUGGGUAUCAUGUCAAUUUUGAUGAUCUUCUGUCUGUUCUUAGUGAGAAAGGCAAGACUAUUGCUGCUCUUAAGUUAUUAGACUUUGCAUUGGAGAGGGACUUUAACGUAGACUUUAAAAGCUAUGAUAAAGUGUUGGAUGCUCUCUUAGCUUCAGGGAAGACUCUUAAUGCAUAUUCAAUACUGUGUAAAAUCACGGAGAAAGGAGGUGUCACAGAUUGGAGUAGCUGUGAGGAUUUGAUUAAGAGUCUUAAUCAGGAGGGUAACACAAAGCAGGCUGAUAUUCUCUCAAGAAUGAUAAAGGGAGGGGAGAAAUCUCGUGAAAACAAGAAAGGAAAGAAACAGGCUGCUGUUUAAUUGCAGUGCUUUUAAUUUUUCGUUGGUUUAAUGGUUAGGAUACAGUUCAACGUUCCAUGGAAAAUUGUUACUCAUUUCAUUGAGUAUAAUAAGUUUUUGAGGAAGCAAUGUAAAAUUGUUCUGUUUAAUCAUUUUGAAGAUAAGGUGUUGUUCCUUCAAACGGGAAACAUUUUUCAUGUUGAAUUAUUUCGAAGAGUUGAAUUAGACAGGAUGUUCUCAACUUUUAGAUGGUUCUAAUACUUGAGAAUUGCAGAGGAUGGAUUGUUUCUGAUCUUAUUUGUUGCUAAUGUCAUCCUUGAAAUUAUUUCUUUGUGCA